CACGUGCUUGCGGAUAUUUGGCACCCGCACCAGGUGCAUCAUCGCAACGAUCAUUCCUCGUAUAAGAGCCUCGGCCAUGGUGCGCGUUGAUUUGUCCCAGCUCGUAGAGCUGCAGAAUCACCCGGAGCGGAUCCGGAAUAUUUGCAUCCUGGCUCACGUUGACCACGGAAAAACGACACUGGCCGACUCGCUCAUCGCCAGCAAUGGAAUCAUAUCGCAACGGUUAGCGGGAAAACUGCGCUACUUGGACAGCCGACCAGAUGAACAGGAACGGCAGAUUACGAUGAAGAGCAGCAGCAUUGCCCUGUGGUACGAGAAGCAUCUGGUAAAUUUGAUCGAUUCCCCGGGACAUGUGGAUUUUUCCAGUGAAGUGACUACCGCUGUAAGGCUUUGCGAUGGAGCUGUGAUUGUGGUUGACGUUGUGGAAGGAGUUUGUCCUCAGACGAGGAUCUGUCUGAAGCAAGCUUACAAUGAAAAUUUGAAGACUGUCUUGCUGCUGAAUAAGCUGGACCGGUUGAUGUUGGAGAAACAAAUGGACCCGAUGGAGGCAUAUCGUCAGUUGACGCAGCUUUUGGAACAGGUCAACGCUGUAGUGGGGAACAUUUUCGCAUCUGAUGUUUUAGCGAAUGAGGAUAUGAGUCGCAAGGAUCAGCAGAUAUCAGCCUUGGAGGAUACUGAAGAUGAUCACAUCUACUUUACACCGGCUAACGGUAAUGUUCUGUUCGGAUCAGCUCUGGAUGGGUGGGGUUUUACAAUUAAAACUUUUGCCACCAUGUAUCAGAGCAAAUUGGGGGUCCCAUUGGAACAGCUCGAAGAAGGAAUGUGGGGAGAUUACUUCUAUAGCGCCAAGAAAAAGACCAUUGAGAAGGGCGCUUUUGACAAAGGAAAGAAACCUCUGUUCGUGCAGCUGGUAUUAGAAAAUCUAUGGAACAUCUACGAUUUGGUUGAGAAUAGAGAUGUCGAUAAGUUGAGAUCGAUAUCAGAAAAGCUGGGCGUCAAACAGGUGGAACGAGAUUUGAAGCAUGCUGAUGUGAGAGUUCCAAUCCGGAAUCUCCUGUCUCAGUGGCUUCCUAUGGAACGUUCUCUUUUAGAGAUGAUUGUUAGGGUAGUUCCCAAUCCAAGAAUGAUACCGGAAACAAAGGCUGAAAAGCUACUGUGCUCGAGAAUGGAAGACUUCAGAGCGUUUCCAACUGAAACACAAUGUUUGAAAGAAGAUAUUUUAAAAUGUGACUCGAAGAGCGACAAUUUGAUUGCGUUUAUUUCGAAAAUGUUCCCUGUAGAUAAAAGUUCGCUGCCACAGAGCGUCGUAGAUAGUUUUUCAAAAUUAACGAUUGAUUCGGAUAGUUCUGAGCAGCAAGACGAUGAAGCUUUUGUGGCUUUCACAAGAAUUUAUAGUGGAACUCUCAAACGAGGAGAUAAAGUUUUCGUUAUUGGACCAAAGCAUGACCCGAAAAAUUUGGCUUUAGAAGGUUUCAGCUUGGAGAAUUCUCCCCACAUUUCAGAAGUGCGGAUAGAGCACCUUUUCAUACUUAUGGGUAAGCAAUUAGAAGCAGUAGAAUCGGUUCCAGCAGGUAACAUAGUAGGAAUCGCAGGGUUGCAGAAUCACGUUCUUAAAACCGCUACUAUAAGCAGUACACCGUAUUGCCCACCAUUCGUAGAUUUACCGCCAAUCGCAACGCCCAUAUUACGAGUGGCCGUUGAACCAAAAGAAAUCCACAACAUGCCUAAACUAGUUCGAGGUUUAAAACUUCUCAAUCAGGCUGAUGCAUGCGUUCAAGUAUUGGUACAAGAAACUGGUGAGCACGUGCUCUUAACCUUGGGAGAGGUACAUCUAGAAAGAUGUAUCAAAGACCUUCAGGAAAGUUACGCUAAAAUACAGCUGAAUGUGUCAAAACCUAUUGUGCCCUUCAAGGAAACAAUUGUGGAGUUUGUCCCGACUUCAGAGGAAAAUCCAGAGGAAGAAAUAGCGAAAGAAAAAGAGCGCGAGAAAACCGUGACAAUCGAUACACCAAACAAACAAAGUCACAUAAAAAUGUUAGCACUUCCACUACCAACAGAAAUUACGGAGCUUUUAGAAAACAGUAACGGUGUGUUGAAAGCGUUAGUCAAGGCACAAACCGAAAAAGAAAUGUCCCAUGUUCUCAAAACCUCUUUGGAAGAGCUCAAAACUAAAUUAGCCAAAUAUUUCCAGGAGAGUAAAAUAGAAGAAUUUGACUCCGAAACUGUAGACAAAAUUUGGAGCUUCGGACCGAGGAAAUGUGGAACCAACAUCUUGCUGAACCAUUCUAGCUUUAAACAUUCUUCGGUAUGGGACAUAAACGUAACCACAACAGAUUCGGAGCAGCAGGAAACGCAGGACGAAAGACAAAAUUACGAAUCAUCCUUCAUCAACGGUUUUCAGCUGGCCAGUUUGGCCGGACCGCUUUGCGACGAACCUCUUCAAGGUGUAUGCUUCCUUGUGCUAAAUUGGGAAAUCGAUCCUUCAACGGAAGCCGAAAACACAAGUGCCACAAUCGUAUCGCAUGGACCUCUUUCCGGACAGAUUAUGUCCUCGGUAAAGGAAGGCUGCAAGAAGUCCUUUCAAAAUCAACCGCAGCGCUUGGUUCAUCCGAUGUAUAGUUGUAACAUAACCGUCAAUUCGGAUGUCCUCGGGAAGCUGUAUGCUGCUAUCGGAAAGCGAAAUGGACGAAUUUUGAACGCAGACCUAAUCGAGGGUAGUGGUCAGUUCGAUGUGAAUGCCGUCAUACCGGUCAUCGAGUCGUUCAAUUUCGCCACGGAAAUUCGGAAGCAAACAUCGGGUCUGGCAAUGCCGCAGCUAGUUUUCAGUCAUUGGGAGAUUGUUGAUAUCGAUCCACAUUGGGUGCCAACGACGGAGGAGGAGUAUGAACAGUACGGAGAGAAGGCCGAUUUUGUGAACAUCGCAAAGGUUUACAUGGACUUGAUUCGGGUGAGAAAGGGUCUUGCCGUGGAGAAGAAAACGGUCGAGCAUGCGGAGAAGCAGCGAACACUCACAAAGAACAAAUGAAUACCGUUAUGUUUGCGCAGUGUUUUUAGGACUUUUAAAUAAAUUCUAUUUAUGUACUGUUACACUGCUUGACUGAUUUUUUUUUACUAAUCCACUGGCUAGUCAAUUGGACUAUGGAUAUGUUCUAGUUCGGGAAAAUCCUGCAAGGUUUUGUUUAUAUGCUUCUCAAUAUAUAUUUUA